CAGGUUCCGACUAUUUUGUUGACCGUGCUGCUGGGCAUUGUCGUACUCUCACUUGCUCAGAGUAAUUGUGGAACAAACCAAAAUCCCUAUUGUGCAGGGAACAGUGUAUUCGAACAACUCUGCUGUCCUUAUCCAGAUGUCUGCUACUGGCAAAAUCGCGACGGGGCGCCCGGAUGUUGUCCCCAAGGUCAGGUGUGCAACGGACAAGCGUACAAUCCUCCUACAACCGUUCAUCCGACCACUAUAACCAUCACUUCUUCGACGUCCGAAACAACGCCCACUUCGACCCUUCACUCCACAGUCACGACAUUUGUGAAUGGGGGAGGUGGAGUGAUCGUUACGACCCAGCCCAGCGUUGUCACCGUUACCACUGGCAUUUUGGGCGGUGGUGUUUACUCGACGGUCACUUCAGGAGUGGUCGGCGUAUAUUCCACAGUCACCUCUGCCGUGGUAGGAGUCUAUUCCACGGUGACUUCCGAGCUCGGCCAGGGCUAUGCCACUGUUUCGGGGGUCUUGGUUGGUGCGGCUCCCAGGUCGCAAUACUUGGCCGUUACGUUUCCGGUGAUGGCUGCUGUAUUUAUACUGGCCUGGCACAACAUUGGAUGA